UACCCUCACGUCAACCGACACGUGGCAUUGCCACCAAAACUUCUUCCCCGUGCUCUGCGAUCUCUCCCGUACAAAUUCUCCUCUCUCCCCCCCCACGCGCCCACAUACCCACACCCACACAUCGAGCAUCCACUAUGGAUGCCCUUGUCCACACCCCGACGUCAAUGGCCAAGCGUCCUUGCCCUUUCUCUCUCUCCUCAAACCCUAAUCAAACUCCUAAACUCUCAUCCUCGAGGGACCUCAGUCAGAUGGACCAUCUGCUCGAGUCAUUUCUGUCGUUAGGCGACUCUCCUUCUCUUCCCAUCGACCUUUCUUUUGACCGCCUCCUCCAAUCGGUCUCCUCCGACGCGGAUCAGACUCGCCUCAUCGAUCGCGCACUCCAGCUUGGCUCUCGCCUGCUCCAUGUCGCCAAUCGUUCCGCUCGAAAGCGUGCCUCCACUCAUAACGCCAUCGCUUGGCCUCUGCCUCCCGAUCUUACCAUCAAGGUCUUUUCCAUGCUCGAUACACAAAGCCUUUGUUAUGCUGCGGCUACUUGUUCAAUGUUCAACAAGUGUGCCACGGAUCCUUUGUGCUAUGCGAAUAUUGACUUGACAACUGUUGUCCCAAAGGUCAAUAAUGCAGUUGUUUCUACGAUGAUCCAGCGAGCUGGAAAAGCCCUGAAGUCUCUUAAACUUGGUAUAGUUCCAGGCCCAACUGCAUCUUGUCAAUCAUUGGUCUAUACCAUCAGGAACUCUAUAGAUGUCUCUAACUUCUCAUGGAAUGAUAAAAGGACCAGACAAGGAAAAGAGUCAUCCAUUCUUACUAGGUCCUGCCUGAACCCAUUAAGUGGUGAAAAUGGGACGUCUGGGACUCUUUUGAGGAGGCUGCACCUUUAUAAUAUUGAAAGAAUGGAUAAUGCAUCCCUCCGAGCGGCACUUUCAGCCUGCCCAUAUCUCCUUGAUCUGGAAAUUGUUGGCCUUCAUGUUGAGUUGAGGCAAACUUUAGUGUCAGUGAGCACAAAUUGCCACUUUAUAGAGCGUCUGUUCUUUGAAUCUUCAAAAACAGGGAGAGAUGACAGUCUGAAAUCACCCACCUGUUCUGAUUUGGUGAACAACUGCCCGAAUUUAACUGCAUUGGCUCUUAGAGGUUUUAAAUUGCAUGAUAACCAAGUCCGUGCGCUUGUUAAGGGUUUUCGCAAACUAAAGUAUAUUGAUUUUUCAACUUCAUACUCAAUCACUGGUCAGUUUUUAAGGAAUCUUGGAAACAGCACCGGUGGGAACCUAUUGGAGGUUUUGAUUUUGCGGGACUGCAUGCAUCUUAAAGAGGUAGAAGUUGCUCGGUUCUUGACAGCAGUCCUUGCAGGAGACUUCAAGUACCUUCAACACCUUGACAUAUCUAAUAGGGAAGGUUUGGCUUCAGAAGGUGACUGGUACCAAAGAUGUUAUAGCUCAGGUAUCAUUCCCCUAAAGCAAGUAAUGGAAGAAAGACCUGGUAUCUGUUUGCUGGCUGACUUCCCGGCGGAAGGAAGCUAUAUCGACAUUGAACAAAUGAUGGACAGUGACCUAAUUAGCGGGGAGGUCAGCUUACCAUCACAGACAAGCAGUCAGAUGUCAGAUGGUUCCUUCAUAAUGAGUUCAUCAGAGAGCAGCUACAACAGUGACCAGAGUAGUGGAAACGAGGAAGGUCAAGACUCGGGUUUUGUAGUUUAUGAGGAAAGCUCAGACGAGGUAGAUUUUCUGGUUAUCUAGGUGGAUUAUCAAAUAUAGCAAGGAUAGAAAUUAUUGCCACCAAAUUAACCAGGAAGGAGGCAUAGAGGUUGAGGGUGGUUGAUGAAUCCAACUGACAGUGGAUGUCUAUAGGAUUUCUGAAGCUGAAGUCACGAUACUUGGUGCAAAAGUGUGACCGUAAAGUCUCCCGGGGGUGUGGGGGAAGAGGGAGGGGGGGGGAGGUCAUUUUUAUUAAUUUUCCUUUCCGCUGCUUCAGUUCGAUCUCCUUCUGUUCAUAUGUAGUGUAGCUGUAUAAUUCUUACAGAACACCGUUGUAUUAUUAUUAGUCAUCAUAAAGGUAGUGGUUUAUGCCCCAAUGUUUUUCCGGCCUUCCCCUCCUAUGAUGCAAAAAGGUCGUCGGAGAGGUUUUUAUUUGGUUCUAUACCUACAAUAAGUCACAGCAUAUUCAACC